CCUCAGAAACCCUAGGCUACUAGAAGACGGCGCUUCUAUAAAAUUUUCGGCCAUCCUACUCAACGGUUUAAAAAAGCGGUGCGGAAGAGUUUGUCGAUGGGAAAUAAAAUCGGCGAAUAUGCAGAUCUUUGUGAAACCCUAACGGGGAAGACCAUCACACUUGAGGUUGAAAGCAGCGACACAAUCGACAAUGUGAAGGCGAAGAUUCAGGACAAGGAAGGGAUUCCGCCUGAUCAGCAGCGCCUAAUUUUUGCCGGGAAGCAGCUUGAGGAUGGAAGAACCCUUUCUGAUUACAACAUCCAGAAAGAGUCGACGUUGCAUUUGGUCCUGAGGUUGAGGGGUGGUAUCAUCGAGCCCUCUUUAAUGGCCCUUGCCAGGAAGUACAACCAAGAUAAAAUGAUAUGCCGCAAGAAGUUGCCGCGGACUCAGAGACCUACGGGUGAGGAUGUUUGCUUGCUUGAGGCUUGCUCGGGGCUGAACGAACGGAGACCGGACGUCAGGUUCGAAACAAUCGGAGGCAAGAAUUGAAUCGUGGAUUGUUUGUUGAUGUAGAUUCGUGUUUCUUGUUUCUUGCGAUUGACCUUGGUUUGCCGGCGGACACAGAUGGAUGAACAGUUGACCUUUUCUUGCUUGGGAGAAAACCGAGGAAAACCAGAGCCGAAGCUUUUGCGCCAGUCAGUAUCCGUUCGCAUGAAACUACCCAUCCAUUCUUCUUCUUGUUUUAUAUGAAUUGAGACAGUUUCUACGUGAAGGAGAUCAUGGGGCAACGUGCUGCGGUUUCUGCUUUGCCGACGUGCCCUUUCAUUGCUUUAAAUAUUUUGUAUAAAACUUUAAAAAUAGCAUAUUGGACACUUAUUCACUGUAGCCCUUUUGAGAUUGAAUAUCAUUUAGUUUUGACCAGA